ACCACAAAUGUAAAUGUGUUUGUUUGUCGAGCUAUUGUGUUGUGCAUUGUAAAAUUAUUCUCAAUCAUGAUUAACACAGACAGUAAUAAAUCUGUAUCAACUACACCUGAUAAACUAAAGUACACAACACCAAAAAUGAAUAGCAGCACCAACAAAAAAAAGACACCUGUUUAUAAUAAUGACAGAUAUUUCGACAAUUACAGGAAGGCUGUUACUGAACCUCGCAAUAAAUCAAAUUAUGACAAGAAAAAAUAUAAACAUAAUUAUGAUUGUCCAUUUUGUUCAGGAAUGUUUAGUUUUAACGAAAUGUAUUAUCAUUUUUCUAAGUCAUAUUAUGGCUAUGGUUGUCCUACUUGUUCAUUUGCGACUGAUUUAAAAUACAAAUACAAUAUUCAUGUUAAUUUUCAUGGUGAAAAAAUACCUUUAGUUUGUCCGGUUUGUUUUCUUAAAUCUGAGACUGAAAAAGAACUUGUAGCACAUAUGACAGACCACUUAGGUUACAUCCAGGAAAUGUGCGAUAACUGUAAAUAUUAUGCACCACCUGAAUAUACUUAUUAUCCUGAAUCUGAUAAAUCGGGAGUGCCAGAUAAUAUUAUGAUAUUUUUGUAUAAACAAUUUGAAAACUUUAUGUACAAUAAUACUCUAAAAUUUAACCAACAACAAUCACGUUGGAAUUCUGGUGGUAAACGUAAUAAGUGGUACAACAGGAAAAAUAAUUCUCGGGCUCUGUUUACAUCGCAAUCACUGAUAAACAUUUCUGAAGCAGUAAAUACGGAGGAAUGCUAUUUCAAAAGUAAUCAAGAAGAACCAUAUAAUAAUUAUCAAAAUUUUGACGAAAGACCAAAUGAAGACUUUGGUUUUGAUUACAUCACUGAGGAUACACAAGUUCCGGAUGUUAAUGGUGGUGAACAACGAGAAACAGAUGAGCAGUUCGAUGUAAGUGGAAGAGCUGAAAAUAAAACGGAGGAAAAGUUAGCUUCAUCAAUAAAAGAAACAAAAAGUAACGAAAUGGAUCCGUUUGAAGAGCAAAUGGACGAAUGCCAACAACUGAUAGUUGAAGGUAUUAAGAAAAUUAUUGACGGUGAUGAUGAAGUCUAUGAUAAUCAAAAACGUAACUUAAGAAACGACGAAAUAGUGUCAUCAAAGGAUGAAUUUGAUUCUUUAUGUUCAAAUUUUACGAUACUACAAAUAGGAGACAAUGAUGACGAUUCAAUUAUCCCAAUGGAAUUGAGAGAAGAGCUUAAAGAAAGAAAUCAAAUGAUAGAGCAAACAGCAAAAGAAGUUUAUUAUCAAAAAACAAAAGAAGAUGAUUUAGAAGAAUGUAGUAAAAUAAUAAUUGAAAGCAUCGAAAAGCUGCUACAGGAUGAUUUGUGUCUGGACGAACUUAAGGAUAACAGUGAUGAAUAAAAUUAUAGAGAAAUUUGUUAAAGAAAAUGUUUGUGUUUAAAAUGUUUGACGUUACCUAUGUAAUUUUACAUUUAGAUAAAAAUUUGUAACUUGUAACUUAGAUAGAGUUUUGUUUAUCUAUUAAUGUUAAAGAAUAAUGUUUUUUGUAUAUAUAUAUAUUGUAUCUUUUUAUUGUAACCAUUGAAAAUUAUAAUAUUUUAAUAGAUAAUAAAAAUAAAUUUUUAAUAA